AUGUCGAGGCCACCGCCACAGCAAUGUGGGAAUUCCACAUCGGAGCGGCCAUACAUCGAAUCGGUCCCCCGCACUCAACACCGCGGCCCGAUACCUAUGCCCUAUCCGUACCGACAGGAACCUCGACAGACCAUACCCCAGAGCACGAGCUAUGAGCACCCUAUGCACGGGGCACCCAUUGGCCCAAGGCUUCCUGCCUUGGUUGUUCCCGAAAGAAACGCAGAUCCACGAUAUAUGCUCUCGUCCGACAAUGCCUACCUGAAUACACAACAUAUGCCCCAAACGCUCCCUCUGCGAUCCCACCACCAAACUCCUGGAAGCUCUGAUGCCCGUGGUUACUACAACCCAUACGAAGAGAGAACGUACCCAAGUUCGAGCCAUGCCCGUGACUAUGAUAGUCACCGGAGCUGGACAUACGACGUGGAGUCCCAGUAA